AUGGCCAGUGCAGAAUCCUCACUGCUCACAACCCCAGGGCCCAACUCAGAUCCUGGCAACAGUGAGGUGGAGCUGGACUGCUGGUUUGAUGAAGAGUUCAAGUUCAUCCUGCUGCCUGUGAGCUACGCAAUUGUCUUCGUGCUGGGUCUAGUCCUCAAUGCUCCAACUCUCUGGCUCUUCCUCUUUCACCUCCGACCCUGGGAUGCAACGACCACCUACAUGUUCCACUUGGCUUUGUCAGACACUUUGUAUGUGCUGUCACUGCCCACCCUCGUCUACUAUUAUGCAGCCAGAAACCACUGGCCCUUUGGCACUGAGCUCUGCAAGUUCAUCCGCUUCCUCUUCUACUGGAACCUCUACUGCAGUGUCCUUUUCCUCACCUGCAUCAGUGUGCACCGCUACCUUGGAAUCUGCCACCCCCUGAGAGCAAUACGUUGGGGCCGCCCAAGACUCGCAGGCCUUCUCUGCCUGGCAGUUUGGUUGGUUGUAGCCAGCUGUCUUGUGCCCAAUCUGUUCUUUGUCACAACCAGCUCCAGGGGGGAUACCAUCCUGUGCCAUGACACCACUCGGCCUGAGGAGUUUGACCAUUAUGUCCACUUCAGCUCAGUAAUCAUGGUGCUGCUCUUUGGCAUACCCUGCAUGGUCACUCUUGUCUGCUAUGGGCUCAUGGCCCGGCGCCUGUAUCGGCCUUUGCCAGGGGCUGCCCAGUCAUCUUCUCGUCUGCGUUCUCUCCGCACCAUUGCAGUGGUUCUGACUGUCUUUGCUGUAUGCUUCGUGCCUUUCCACAUUACCCGCACCAUUUAUUACAUGGCAAGGCUGUUGGAAGCUGAUUGCCAGGUGCUGAACAUUGUCAAUGUGGUAUACAAAGUGACCCGGCCUCUGGCCAGCGCCAAUAGCUGCCUGGAUCCUGUGCUCUACUUUCUCACUGGGGACAAGUAUCGUAGGCAGCUCUGGAGGCUCUGUAGUGGUGGUACCUCCCAGCCCCCCAGGGCUGCCUCCUCCCUGGCACUAGUGUCCCUGCCUGAGAGUAGCAGCUACAGGAGGACAACAGCUUCCAGGACAGUGGCUGCCCUACCCCUAGGGCAGAAAAAUUGUAG